UCUUGUUUGCAAGUGGUUAAAAUGCUACAAUCAAACCGUGUCUUGCUAAAAGAGCAGACUCAUUUGUAUGCCAUAGAAAGAAAGCUGGUCAAGGCGCUGCCCAUUAUUCAGGAAACACUGAAUUCGCUUAAGGUUGAGGAGCUGCAUUUAAAAUCGAAUUCAGUGCAUCAAGCGGUGUCCAUGGAGCCAUCAAAUGUGGGCAUGAGUAGGGAAAUCUGUGACCAGAGUAUGAAUACACCGAACGAGCAAAUAAACUGUCAGGAAAUCGACUUGCAGUUAUUCGAAAACGAUUUGCAACAGUUUGGUGUGGAAAUCGAAUCAGACUGAUCGAAAUUAUAGCUGUUCACAAUCAUUUAUUGGUACAAAUUAAGCUAAUUGAAAAAAAUUUCCAAACUCAUUUCGUACUAAAUUAAAACUAUUCUAAAAUAUAGUUGUUAUAAAAUGU